AUGAGCGACGGCCACGACGAGAAGCCCGUCAUGUCACUGCGCAGCACUGAGAGCAAAGUCGGCGUCUGCAUUGCGGGGUGGUACGUCAUCAGCCUCAUGACGCUCUGGACGAACCGCUACGUGGUGACCACGUUGCAAGUGGACUCGAACGUGCUCUCACUCGCCCAGCUGAGCAUGUCGGUACUUGGCGGUCUGAGCUUGGAGCUCUAUCUAGUGGGCUGGACAGCCUGCAAGCGCAGUUUGCGCAAGGUUGUGAGCGGCGGACUCAAGGAAAUGGUGCUACUUGCUGGCGUGCGCAUCCUCACGGUGCUGCUGGGACUCACAUCUCUCAAGUACAUUGCCGUCUCCUUUACACAGACAAUCAAGUCGUCGGCGCCAUUCUUCACAGUUAUGUUGGCCUACUUUCUGCUGGGGCAACGCACGGGCUCGUUCCACGUCCUCGGGUUCACUGCGGCGCUCAUGGCGAACUGCACGGAUUGUAUUCAGAACGUAUUGACAAAGCGACUGCUCAUACGCUCAUACACGGCCUCUCAAUUGCAGCUCUACACCAGUAUCCUCGCGGUAGCAAUGCAGAUCCUGUUCAUCGCUUACAACUGGAUGGCCACGCCGUCGGACCCAGCACUCGAAGCCAGCAAGAUGGAUCGCUCCUCAGCGUUUGUCUUCUGUGUGCUCGUGCUGGACGGCAUGUGCUUCUACAUCCAGAGUGCGCUCGCCUACAUGCUCAUGAGUUUGGUGUCCCCCGUAACACACAGCGUGGCCAACUGCGUGAAACGUGCGCUGAUCAUUCUGCUUUCUAUCUACCGCUACGGCGAGGACGUGAGCGUGCUGAACUUGUGCGGCAUGGCGCUCGUGGUCUUUGGCGUCUACGGCUUUAAUACAGCUUCGCGGCUCGAGCGCGAUCAAGCCGCCAGAGGUGCAGAGAUUGUCCCUGCGAGUCCCGUCUCCGUGUUGACGAGCACUAUCACUGCCUUGUCAGAGAUUCGGAUCGAAAAGGGCAAGUGA